CUCUCUCACUCUCCCUCCGAGCUCUCCUCCUUCCGUUCACUUUCUCUCUCUAAAAGCCCCUCACUCUCUCUCUCCAACUCUCCUCUCACUCCUCAUUUCACGAGACGUUCCUCCCGCUGCCGAAUUAGGAAUAUAUUAGCUGAUUAGCUGGUGAUGGCGAUGGAGGUGUCGGAGUGCUGCGUCGGCGUUGGGUACUGCGGCGCGGGGGGUGCCGAUUUCUACCCGGAGAAGAAGGCCGGAGAGCAGUUCACCGUGGACGACCUGCUUGAUUUCUCCAAUGAGGACGUUAUGGGGAGCGGGGACGGCGGCUUCCUCGACAAUGUGGGGGCAAACUCUGCGGACUCCUCCACGGCCACCGCGGUCGACAGCUGCAACUCCACCCUCUCCGGCGGGGACAACCAGUUCUCCGGCAGCUUCGGCUCCCGGAGCUUCGGCGACUCCAGCUUCUCCGGCGAGCUCUGCGUUCCGUAUGACGACUUGGCGGAGCUGGAAUGGCUGUCGAAUUUCGUGGAGGACUCAUUCUCUACCAAGCACAACCUCCAGCAGCCUCUCCAUAUCAUCACCGUCCCCAAUUCCAAGCCCACCACCCCGGAGUCAUCCUCCUCGGACGCCCCGGCGGCCGGCCCCGAGCAGCCCUCGGACGCUGCCCAACACCAUGCCAUUUUCCUACCAGAGACCCCUCUCCCCUCCAAGUCCCGCAGCAAGCGGUCCCGUGCCGCCCCCUGCGACUGGACCACCCGCCUCCUCCACCUCACCCCUGCUGCCUCUGCCGCCGUGAAGCCGCCCAAGACUUCAGCCCUCAAGAAGCAGCGCGAAGCACAGGGCCCCACUGAGCCGAGGAAGUGCCUCCACUGCGCGUCAGAGAAGACCCCGCAAUGGCGCACUGGCCCCAUGGGCCCGAAGACCCUCUGCAAUGCGUGCGGUGUCCGGUACAAGUCGGGCCGGCUCGUGCCAGAGUACCGGCCCGCGGCGAGCCCCACGUUCGUGUCAACAAGGCACUCCAACUCGCACCGGAAGGUCCUGGAGCUACGGCGGCAGAGGGAAAUGCAGAGGGUCCACCAGCACGGUCAUCACCCGCCCCACCAGUUCGUCGGCCAAAGCCCGAUGUUUACGAGGCCGGGAUCCAACGGUGUCGAUGAGUUCCUGAUCGGCCACUGCGGUGGGCCUGGCUUUAGGCAGCUGAUGUAGCCGGGCACAGUUAAAAGUGGGGUCCGGAGCGUAUCGUCUCAAUCUAGCCAGUAAAACCGAGACUUCUAGAGCGCUAGUAGCUUUUGCUAAUGCUAACUUUUCUUCUUAAUUGAUUUUUGGUGGACUUAAUUGAUAUCCUCUUAUUAGUUCUUCUUUUUUUUGGGCAAAUGUAGAGUUUUGAAAGGAUGAGAAAUCACAAUAAAACUCUAAUUUUUCUUAAGAA